UUUUCUUGUCAGCUUGCAUCGUCGGAUGUUACGAUGAUCAGUUUUCGGAUUCAUUAACUAUAUUUCUCCUAACUUUUAAUUCAGAUACUCGAGUUUUGCGCUCGACUAAUAGUGCAACUUGCAAAGAUCGAAACUUUAAUUUUUAAGCUUUUGCAUCUUUUUUUUUCAAUAAAACAAGAAUAUAAUGCAAAGUCCCUCUUAAUGUUGAAUAUAUACCCUCCAUAUACUCAUAAAAUUAGUUAUAAAGAUGCCAAUAAACAAUAUUCUUUAAUUAUCUUCUAAGUAUUAAAAAAUAAAAAAUAAAAUGAGAAUCACAUAGUUUAGUGCAGGCAGGAUAUUAUUAUUAAUUUUUUUUUACAAAUAAAUAAAUUAAUGGUUCUGAAGAAGUGCUUAAUACAGCAGUUGUUUGCUGUUAUGAUAUAUAUAUAUAAAUAAUAAAUAUGCUUUUUUGUACUUAGUUUGGCUUUGGUUUUGUCAAGAGAUUAUUGUUCAUUCCUAUCCAGUUAAGGAAUAAAUUAAAUUCUUUCCCAUUGAAUUGUCCACAUAUAUUCACCACUUUAUAUUUAUUUCAUUAAUUUCAUCAAAUAAAUACAUAACCAUUUCCUACUGUUCAUCUUUCCGAUCAUCGAUCUUCCCCGAAAUGCUCGAGAUUUUCGAUUAAAAAAAAAAGCAAGGAUUUUGAAAAUGAAGGGAAUACAACAACAGCAGAGCUAUGGAUUUCCGGGUGAUUUCCCCUCCGAAUUUCCCGAUAAUAAUAAUUUCUCCGGAAAUUAUAAUAAUAAUAACAUUAAUAAUACUCAGCUCGAAAACCAAUCAUGGCAUCCGAAUUCAUCGAGCACAAUCAUAAGCAGAAUUGGAUCGACACCAGCUUCUUCUGCUUUUUACGCAACCGAGCUUCUUAUGGGCUUAUCGAAUUCCAAUUUCCAAUCCGGAUCGAAUAUCUUCUUCGGUAAUAAUUCUCAGACAAGAAUUACUCAUGAACCGGAUUUCUUGUCCAAAAACAAUCAAAGAUAUCGAAAUCUUGCAGAGAGCGAGCAGUUAAUCCACAUUGAAAACAAACUCCUAUCUGAUAUCGACGAUUCCAAUACGAUUAGCCCUUCUCUGCCUUUCGAUGCAAAUCUUGAUCUUGAAGUGCCACAAAAUAUAUAUGGAUCUUUUUCGACUACUACUACUACUACAACGAAUAAUAGCUUCCAAUCCCAUGCAUCAGUUUCUUCGAGUAAGACGAGGAUUAGAUGGACGCAAGAUCUUCACGAUCGAUUCGUUGAGUGCGUGAAUCGACUCGGUGGGCCAGAAAAGGCAACUCCAAAGGCAAUACUCAAGUUGAUGGAAACUGAGGGACUUACUAUCUUUCAUGUUAAAAGCCAUUUGCAGAAAUAUCGAAAUGCAAAAUACGUACCGGAAUCUGACGCACCGGGAAAAUCCGAGAAGAAGACUAGUUCGAACAAUGCAGCACAGAUCGACAUUAAAACGGGUACGCAACUUAAGGAGGCACUUCAGCUGCAACUAGACGUUCAACGGCGUCUCCACGAGCAAUUAGAGAUACAAAGGAACUUGCAAUUGAGGAUUGAAGAACAGGGGAAACAGCUUAAAAUGAUGUUCGACAAGCAACAAAAGACAAAACGAAAUCCGACGACCGAAGCAAGAAAUACGGACAAGAAACCGGGUCCUUAUAAUAAUAACCUAUCCAGCACCACACUCGAAGAAGAUACGGAGGUUCUUGUUUUCGAUGGUAGUGACGAUGAAAUUCUCUUCCCGUACAAGAUAAGCUAGAAUUUCUCGAUUUUCCUCCGAAAACAAAAAAACACCAUUAGCAGUCAUGCAUGCAUUCGGGUAAGGUCGAAAAAAGCUGUCCGGUAAUCGAGGAAUGAUGUAAUGAGAGAUCGAUAGCUUUCUUUCGAAGCAAAUUUGUUCCGUCGUCCUAGUGAAUCAUACAUAAUAUUCUUGUGGGCAUAUUGUAUAUUUGACAAUAGAAAGGUUUUUGUCAUUCGACUCGAGCACACAACUCGUAAACUCGGGGUUUCUAUUUUUGCGGUUACGUUUUCUGUGUGGUUAAUCGGUCGGUGUCGAACAGGAUUCCGAGUUUCUUUUAGAGUGUGGAUUCUUAAAGGGAUACUAUUUAAGUAUCAGGAUUGAAGAAUAAUUAAUUGAUUGGUUUUAGUCCCAAACUAUACUUUAGCUUCUGUUAGUACUCAAAUUUUUUUAAGACAUGCAUAUAUGUCGGGAAAAAGUACAGUUUUCGUCCCUCGAGUUUGUAUCGAUUUCAUAUUUGGUCCCAUAUGUUCACAAAAAACACAUUUGGCUCCUCAUGUUUCAAAAAUUC